UUGCGAUGGCUGCAGCACCCGACUCGGCGCGGCUGACUCUGGAGGAGCUCCCCGUGGAUGUGCUGGGCGAGGUGGCGUCGUAUCUCUCGUGCUUAAGUCUGGUGGCGCUGAUGGGCACGUGCCAGACGAUUCGACAGGCGCUGAUGCAUGAUGCGCUGGUGUGGCGGGUGCGCUUUGGUGUCGCCGACUAUGAGGCGUUUGCACGCGGGCUAUGCGCUCCGCCUGGUACGGUAGUGGCGAUAUCAUCGUCGAACAACCGAUACACGCCGAUGGAGUUGUUUGACUUGGCGGUGGUGGUACCGGGUGGGAACAGCUGCGGCGACGCGGAGAGCAUCAAGCGGGCGCGGGCGUCGCGCGCGGUGGCGGACGCGCAUGAAAUGAUCGCAAUGCUCGAGGCGAGCGGAGUGGCAUCCGCGGGUGCGGCCAACACCGUGGCCGUCUUCCACGACCAUGUCAACGGUGGAUCGUUUGUGACGCCGAUGGCGGCGCAUCUGGGUGCGCGGAUGAUGGCGGCAGCUGCCGCGGUGGGCGUAUUUGUACCAGAUUCCAUCUACAGCCUUGCUAGGGUGGAUGGGGACGACGAUCCGCUCCAGCUCGGCUUGGACACGCUCGGGUACGUGCCUGGUGAGUUUCUGGCGGCGACGAGCCGCGGCCGGUACCGCUUCAGCUCGAUUGCCAUCGGCUCUGGGCCGCAACCGGAGCAGCUCCGAUGGCGAUUUGUUCUCCUUGUUCUGAUGGUGCAGGCCAAGACCGGGGCGCUGUCGGAUAGUCCGCAGCUUGCGGAUGCCCUCCUACCACCGAUGACGAUGUUCUCGUCGACGCCGUCGGUGCAAGGGCAAGGGCAGCUGGACGAGCUGAUGGAAGCAUGCAAGUUUAUGGAGUUUUCGAUCUAUGAGACGUGCACUCCCAACUGGCCGCCAAACCGCUACCUUUCCGUGCCUGUGUUUCGGGUCAGGGAGCUGGUCGAGGGCGUCGAUUCGUUUCUCGAGCAUGUGGUGUCCAAUCUGGCUGCGCAAGAAGCACGGUAG